AUUUGUUCCACUCAAAAAGUCGUGGCCGAGAGAUCGCAUGUCAAAAUUACAGUAACACAUACCGAGAAUAAAUGUAAAAUUUUCUGUGUAAAUUAUCACAAGCAUCGCACAACAAUGUCCAAGAAACCUUUGGGUCCCGGGCCGGGCGCGUACCAGCUGCCGACGACGGUGGGGUUCACGCAGCACGACCCAUCGCGGUACCGCAACCCGAUGUACUCGUUCGGCACGAACGCGGGGUUCCGCGUGAAGCCGCUGGGCCCGGGGCCCGCCUACCGCAUCGACCGCGUCACGCGCGACGGCGUCGUCACCGCGCCCGCCUGGAGCUUCGGCGCCACGUUCCCGACGCGCGCGACGCUGCGCACGCCGGGCCCGGGCGCGCAUGCGCCGGAGCGCUGCCCGCCGAUGCGCGAGCCGCGCGCGCCCGUGUACUCGAUGGGCGCGCGGCUCGGGUUCGCGCUGAAGCGGCCCGGCCCCGCGCCCAACGCGUACGCGCUGCGGCUCGGCUCCGGCACGCCCGCCUACACCAUGGGCGCGCGCGUCGGCUACAACCUCAAGGCCAAGUCGCCCGGACCCGCCGUCUACUUCCAGCGCGACACCAACGUGUACAAGAACAAACAGCCGGUGUACUCGCUGGGCGCGCGGCUGGACGGCGCCGGCAAGGCGACGCGCACGCCCGGGCCCGCCGCCUACCCGCCCAACCUCUACAACGUCAAGAAGAACCCGUACGCAUAUUCGUUCGGCACACAUCACUCGGAGUACGCGCCGCCGAUGAUCAUCCGCGAGGACACCAUGGACUGCUUGUGACGUCACCCGUGACGUCACG